GAUCCUUUCCGUCUCCAAAACUCCAUAAAAAUCCUCACCGCAGAGCGAGAGAGAGAGAGAGAGAGAGAGGGGGAUUGGAUUAUCACCAUGGGAGGUGGAGGAGCCAUGAGAGCUGCUGCAGCCAAGGUGGCCGGAUUCACCGGCGCCCUGCAAGGCGGUUUCAGGGGGUCGGCUGCCGUGCCGCCAGUUGAGCAAUCCGUACGGAAGGUUUCGGUCCCAGUCUCGGCGUCGAUUUCAUCUUCGCAGAGCGUGAACUCUGCUGUUUCUUCUGAUGUGGCGGCGUCCGCACAGAAGCCGGCUUGGGAGAUCAACGACUGGGAAUUAGCUGGCGUUGGUGAAGAUGAGUUGUUGAUGGCUAAGCCGAUGCCUAGGGUUGUAUUUGGUGCGGUUCCUACAUUCCAGGAGGCCAAGGAAGCCACCGUUGAAUUGAAAGAUGCUCUUGAUCAGGUAUAUCUCAGUUCGCCUAAAUCUUGUGGAUCUGCGGAAAAUGAUACAACUGACGAGGUGGCUGGGAUGUCUCUGUUUUCGAACGGCGAUUCAGAGACCAAAUCUUGUCUAAUUGUUGAGACUAAACCAAAAGAUUCGAUACCAACACAAGCUCUUCAGGCAUUUAGGUAUCUAAGUGCAAGCACUGAAGUUCAGAAUGUUGUUGCUUCUAUUGCUUCUGAUCCAAAUAUGUGGAAUGCUAUGUUGCAAAAUUCUGAACUUAAACAAUUCAUCGCCUCGCAGCAAACUGAACCAACCUCCAUUGCAGUUGAUGAGUUGCAAGAAGAUCCUGUAUCUUUUAAGAAAAUGGAAGAUGAGAUGACUGAUUCGAGCCAAUGUGGGAAAACAGAAAGUGGGUUCAUGAAUAUACUGCAGAAUAUUAAGGUUAAAGUGAUGGACAUGGUUAGCAACGUCUCAAGCUUUCUCAAUAGGAUAUUUGAACUUCCACCAGAUGUCAAUGGAGAUACAAAAUCGACUGGAAUUGAUAGGACCCUUGGAUCGACUUUCAUGGGAUUGUCAGUACUCGUCAUCAUGGUCGUGUUGCUGAAACGUGUUUAGAUUUUGAGGAAUUUGUCGAACCCACACAAGUUAAAAAGUGUUUCUCAAUCGCAGAUAGCCUUGAAAUUAAAUAAAGGUGUUACAAUAUGAUGGUGAAAAAUAUGGUAUUAGUUUAAUGGUAGAAGUAAUCAAUUACUGUUAUUAUGCACCAACGACUAAUAUAGUUUUAUCUCACAUUUUGGCAAAUUAUGUUUUUGGUCUAAAUUUACUUUUAAUUUAUUUGCGAUGCUGAAUGUACUGCCGUGUCUCGUGUGAUUUAAAAUAGUGGUAAUGCUAUAUGUGUUUUUGGCUAAA